CUACUUUAUUUUGUCAAUAGUGAAGGCGUGACGUUUUGUUGAAUGCCGAAUGUAAACAUUGAAUGCUCGAAAUAAUUGUGUAGUGUUUUUUCUGUUAUUUUGAAUUUAGUAUUUACGAUUUUUUCAUGGCUGUAGUAAGUGUUUAUAUCGUAAGUAAAGCCGGUGGUAUGAUAUAUCAGUAUGAUCACAAUGCUGUUCCCAUUGAAUGUGAAAAAACUUUUAGCUAUCCAUUAGAUCUGGUUCUUGAAAAUGUGAAUAAUCGAACUGUUGUAACAUUUGGGCAGAUGGAUAACAUUAAAGUUGGUCACAUUGUUUUGGCUAUCAAUGGAAUUCCUGUCAGUGGCUGUAAACUAAGUGAUGGUAGAGAUGUGUUUGAUAUUUUGAAGAAUGAACAGAAUUAUCCUAUAAACAUCAAAUUUGGUCGUCCAAGACUUGGAACAAAUGAGAAAAUUGUUUUGGCUAGUACUUUCCAUUCAUUGUUUGCAAUAGCAUCUCAGUUAUCCCCAGAACCACAUUCUUCAGGAAUUGAAGUUUUAGAAGCUGAUACGUUUAAAUUAUAUUGUCAUCAAACCAUCACUGGUACCAAAUUUAUUGUUGUUGUUGAUCCUAAACAAACUGGAGUAGAAAAUUUGCUAAAGAAGAUUUAUGAGUUGUAUACUGAUUAUGCUCUCAAAAAUCCAUUCUAUUCUUUAGAAAUGCCUAUCAGGUAAGCCACCAUCUUCAUGAUUAUCGGUUU